AUCAUCAUCAUAAUCACGACCAUCAUCAUCAUCACAACAUUUCAGUCGCGCGCCUCGCCUGUCUCCUUGACACACCCUUCGCUAUUGUUGGCACAGAGAGCGAGCGGCAACCUUGACAUUCCCACACGCGCCUUCAGUUGCACGGUAAAAUCUCGUUUUAGUGGAUCAUUCUUGGUCAAAUAGGGAAAGGGAAAGCAUCAGAGCGGCUAUUGCGGCGAGAGGAAGAUAGACAAACGCUGAACCCGGUGCAGGUAAACACGCACGCCCAUCGUAGGCUAUAGAUGCCCGUAGUACCGCACACAGGAGAACUCCGCGGAUCCACCUGUAUUCCCUGGUUCCGCUGUGGAUAAAUGACUUAUUUAAACCCGCGCGUUGUCCCGGGAAAAGAAGUAAGGAAGGCAUGGAAAAGUAUUCUGCCGGUGAUGACUGGUGCUGAGUGAGUUGAGCUGCUGGUUUUGCGCGGAUGUUGGAAACAUGGAGAGAAGGGCUCUCGUAACGGCGAUCAGCUUGUCCAUGAGCCUGCUCGCGCUCAUGCUGCUGGUCACGGCGAUUUUCACCGACCACUGGUACGGGACCGACACCAGGAGACACAAGGAGAACUGCGACCGGUACGGGUCGGAGUCCAACGACCAGAAGAACAGAGAGAUGCCCAUCUAUCACCUGCCUUUGGUGGACAGCGGGAAUUCAAAGCGCAACAUGGCUCUUAUGAAGCCCAUUCAUGUAGGGAGCCGGGAGGAGGAACUGUUGGAGAACUGGAGGGCGAUUUUGGGAAUGGGCAUCCUGGAGACGGAGUGCGGGCGCCCGCUUUUCUCCACCUACUCUGGACUCUGGAAGAAAUGCUACUUCCAGGGAAUGGACAGGGAUAUUGACAAACUCAUUUUGAAGGGUAUUGCAGAGCGAUGCACGUCUGUCAAGUAUCAUUUCUCCCAACCCAUCCGACUCAGGAACAUCCCUCUCAACCUGACAAGGACCAUCCAGCAGGACGAGUGGCACCUCUUACAUCUGCGGCGCAUCACGGCAGGGUUCUUGGGCAUGGCUGCUGCCGUGAUGCUGUGUGGUAGCAUUGUGGCCGCCGUGGGAUUUUUCUGGGAAGAGAGUCUCACCCAGCAUGUCUCCGGGCUCCUGUUCCUUAUGGCAGGAAUCUUUUGCACGAUCUCACUGUGCACCUACGCCGCCAGUGUCUCAUACGACCUAUCCAGGAACCCUCCUUUCAUCUAUGGUUUGCCCAGCGAUGUGGAUCACGGUUACGGGUGGUCCAUUUUCUGUGCAUGGGUCAGUCUGGGCCUAACAGUGGCAUCUGGUUGUAUCUGCACAACCUAUCCCUUUCUGAGCCGCACGAAGACCCUCCGGUCCAAAACGGCCAGAGAAUCGUCUGUAUGAGCGCCCCCUCGUGGCCCGGAGGACUCAUAACAUAAAUCAGCACUUGGCGCUUUAGUAAAUGGAUUUAAGUACACUUUUCUUUGAGGAGUGUUUUAUGGGCACUUCACGCUACAGAGCAGCGUCAAAUGUCUUGUAGAUUUCUGAUACCUUUGUUGAGGUUUUAUGAAAUAUGUUGAUGAGGAUGAUGAGGAGUUAGUUUGCUGUGUGUGUGUGUGUGUGUGUGUGUGUGCGUGUGUGUGUGUGUGUGUGUGUGUCUUUUACGCGCAGGAACAUCACACGCCUACAAAUCAAACACACACACACGCACGCACGCACGCACGCACACACACACACACACACACAUAUAUGCAGUACACGUGUGACUAUACAGAACAAAAUCUUUGAUUUGAUAUGGGUAUGUGUAUUUUUGUUGGUUGUUAUGUCGUGAUACAAUCAUUCUUUGGAUCAGGUGCAUAUAUACACACUAAGGAUCUGAGCCACAAUUUUUUACGCAAACCAUUUCAAUUUCAAGUGUUUGCUCUGAUCAUUCUCAGUAUUAUUAAGUGGAUGUCCCCAGUUUAGCCUUACAUUUUGGUUGAAUGAUAUUAAAUGAUGAACUGUUGCCUGUAAACUGAUCAUUCAAAGGAAAACAUCAGAAAGCUCUGAUCAGGGCCAAACAGAAUGUUUCAUGUCUAUAAUGUCUACACAUCAAACAAAUGUAUAAAUGCAUGACUGCAUAUACAUAUCACAUUUGGGUAACAGCUGGUGUCCAGUAUUCAUCAAGAUUGAAAAAUCAAAGAGACACGAGGAGUCUGAGAUCUAGGACCUGGAUAUGCAAAUUUGUGAUUGGAUGGCAUGCCUCUGAAGAUUCAAAACACGAUCAGGGCUGUCGCUGGCAGUGCAAUCGUAAUAUGACAGCAUGCUUGGAGUGAACGCUCUCCAAUAAACCCACCUCACUCAUGAAAGGUCUCUCACGACAUAAUUGUUGAAAAUAAAUUCAAGUCCUCUUCCGCAGGCCUCCACUCGCCUCAACGGUCCCUUUUGGAAAAGAUGAACUAAUAUUAAAUUGACAAGAGAACUUACUUAGACGAACUGCUGGAUAUUGUUUUCCAAACUGAGCCAAAACAGUAUCAUAUCCCUAAAUCAGUACUGUUUGCCUCAAAACCUCUGUUGUGUUCCUGAAAGUGUAUCGUAAAUAAAACAUUACAAGGAUGAAAUAAAGAUGUAUGAAGAAAUAAGUGA